AGAGGAGCGAGCCCAGGAGCGCUGACGCACUGGAGGACACACAGCGCGUAUGUUCGACCACGAACAAAAAGUGGCGCUUCGAUACCGCAGCGAACGAACGGAGGCACGAGAACAACUACGGGGCGCCUGUGUGAAACACACAGCAACACCAAAGAAAGAGGGGCGCGCGCAAGACUUCUUUCGCUUUGUGUGUCAAACGGGGGAGAAUGGGAACCGCUCCGCACUUCCAGGAGCACUGUGCAACGGCUGCGACGCAGUAGCAGGCUGCCGCGAAUGUGUCAAAGAUGUCGGCAAAACGCUGCGGGC